CGCAAACGUUUGUUUUAACUGGUUGUGUUUGCACCUCAAUGGCUGAUCAUUUCACAUACCCUGGAAUGCAGCAGCCUGGACAAGCAGCUUAUCCUCAGUUUCACUACCCCACUGCCAGUGGCGACCAGAAUGCUCACUUGCUGCAGAGUUACGCUCUCUCUCAACAGGGCGGCUCAAGCGCCCCUGGUGCUAUGUUCGGCAGCCAGCCACCCGUCCCUUAUAGCUUUGAUCAAUCGAAUGCUGGCUAUUCUCAGCCUUCAUCUGUGCCGGUGUGUCAAGUUGGAGCCGCUUCCCAGGUUCCAAUGCCACCAGUUGCCGGUGGCUUUGCUUAUCCCGAUUUCACAGGAUCCUUUAAUCAGUAUGCCGGUAUGGGCCAGACUGUCCCACCCGGGCUAACAGCUAUGCAAGCUAACAUGCAACAGUUCAACCCAUUGAUGACCAACCCUUUUGGCCAGCAUAUGUCUGCAAAUGGCGCAAUUCUAGAGGCACUGGCUCACGAACAGGGUCUUGCUGGUUUCAAUCCUAUGGCCUUUCUGCAAGAGGCUUCUGGUGGGGCUGCUCGAGGUUCCAAAACUAACCAAAGAGGUGGACUUAACAAGUUUAGUGGCGGAAGAACAGGCUCAAAUCUCCCGAGCGUCACAAACCCUGAUGGCCUAAGGGAGGACACGGUGUUUGUCAGUGGCCUUCCUCAAACAAUCGACCAUGAAACAAUGAAAGCUCAAUUUGGCGUCAUCGGAAAAAUAAAGAUAAAUUCCAAAAGUGGAAUGCCGAUGGUCUGGAUUUUCAAAGAAAAGGGCGUCCCAAAGGGAGAGGCACUCGUCACCUACGAGGAUUCGCAGUGUGUACAGGCGGCGAUCAAGUGGUUCUCAGAACAUGACUUCCUUGGUCAAAAGAUUGAAGUAAAGCAGGCUACGAACAGUCAGCGGCCUGUGAUAAUACCACCAGGUGGUGCUACCGGACAGAACAACGACUCUUUGCUUGCUAACGCCAGCCUUAUCGGUUCCGGUGGAAAUCGCAACGCGGCCGCCGUUGCGCUUGCGGCCGCUGCUGUGGCAGCAGCGGCAAGUGGUAAUACAAUGGCGAGUUUGAUGAAUAACAGUGAAGCAGCAGCGGCUAGUCUUGCUGCUUUCACAGGCACUGGUGCGCAGUUCGAUGGAAAGGACUAUUCCGGUCGAGGUGGGUCCAACGCUGGUCAGCGCAGUAGCCGUGGAAAUAUGGCAAAUGGUCGUGCUGGUGGAGCGAGCCAAACCGGGCAAAGAGAGGGCGAUUGGAACUGUACUCAGUGUGGCAAUGUUAACUUUUCCUGGAGAACUCAAUGCAACCGAUGUCAUGUGGACCGAACACCGAGCAUUACUGGGUCCACAGAUAUGUAUAGUGCCUCAAGAGACACUAUGAGAGGAAUGCCUCCAAACGUUGGACAAGGGUCUAUUCCUGUUUUGAACACUCCUAAUCAGCCAAGUGGAAUAGCUGCUUUCAAUCGGGUUGGUGCUGGUGGACUGUUGAUGGCGAAUCGUGGUGGCGGUCGGGGCGUUGGGCCGAUGAGAGACAGUAACGUCGGAAUCGGAAGGGCUCGACCCGCACCAUAUUAGUCAAUGACUCUGGAUCCAUCUUAAACACUGAGCGAACCACGAGUAACACACGCAGAGCUGUACAUGGUGCAUUUCUCUGUCCUUUGCUAUCAACUCUUUCUAGUGCAUCUUUUGUGUAAUUACUAAUGUCCUGCGAAGCAUUUCUAUCAGUCAUCCUUUGACUUGUUGUACCGUUGCUCCAAGUAUAGCUAAAUCCUGAAUUCUCUUCUAUCUAUUCUCUACGGUAGUUAGGGACUUUAGUAUGAGACUUUUUAGACAAG